ACUACUUUAUCAGGCGGAUGCAUGCGUGAAGUUGGAUGUCGGGUUGUCAUCCGUUCAUUGACCACGGCGUCGCAAAAAAGCGCGGAUCCUGCAAAGCUGCAAGGACAGGGUCGUGUGGAAUUUUGCAUGUCCACUUUCCCCACGCGUUUAUUUAUUUAUUUUUUUAAAUAAGGGUUUCUCUCACAACACUUCUUCAACAUUUAUUUGUCGUUAGUAGUUCCAUUUCGAGCGCAGAACCGUUACUGACAGUUGCCAUGUCGGGUGUUGUGCGAGGCCCUGCAGGUAACAACGACUGCCGAAUUUACGUUGGAAAUCUACCUCCAGACAUUCGCACAAAAGACGUGGAGGACGUAUUCUACAAGUAUGGGACAAUUCGAGAUAUCGACCUGAAGAAUAGAAGAGGAGGACCUCCAUUUGCUUUUAUUGAGUUUGAAGACCCAAGGGACGCUGAUGAUGCCGUUUAUGGACGCGAUGGAUACGACUACGACGGAUACAGGCUGCGCGUGGAGUUUCCACGGAGCGGGAGAGGCUCCAGGGGCGGUUUCGGAGGGAUAGGGGGAGCACCCAGGGGCAGAUAUGGGCCACCGUCCAGACGCUCUGAAUACAGGGUCGUUGUGUCAGGGCUUCCUCAGAGUGGCAGCUGGCAGGACCUGAAGGACCACAUGCGUGAGGCUGGUGAUGUGUGCUACGCUGACGUUUACAGAGAUGGCACCGGGGUUGUUGAGUUUGUGCGCAAAGAAGACAUGACCUAUGCCGUUCGAAAGCUGGACAACACCAAAUUCCGUUCACAUGAGGGAGAGACCGCUUACAUUCGUGUGAAAUUAGAUGGUCCCCGCAGCCCAAGUUAUGGACGGUCGCGCUCCCGCAGCCGUGGCAGUCGAAGCAGAAGCCGCAGUCGCAGCGCCAGCCGCAGUCGCAGCAAUUCCCGUGGCCGUGGCAGAGGAUCGCCCCGCUACUCACCUCGACACAGUCGUUCUCGCUCCCGUUCCUAAACUUUACUGCCAUCAACGUUUUGCCCUUAUGAUGUAUUCCCUCCUGUUUUUACUUCUGAGCUUUUACAGAUGUCAGCUGUUGACUUCUAAGUUUCUCAUUUCUUGUCCUAAUGUUGUGGUUGGUCUUGGUUUGUGGAUGUGCCCUCCUUCCUUUCGUCCUUCCUCUCUUGACCUUUUUUUCUCCCCCCGGUUUUUGUCCAUUUGGUUUCUCCCUCUUUCUGUCAUCCUUGUGUUUUUCUUUCUUUUUUUUUCAUUUCUACAAAAUUACAACUUGUGCUGUGAUUAACUUCAAAAAUGUUGAGGAGUCAUGAGCUUUACUCAAUGUUUUUGCAAGUUUUGAAAGCUGAAGUUUUUCUUGUGGGGUUUCUUUUUAGAGGCUUCUUUGGUUGUGUGGGUUGGGCCGUUUUGAGGUGGAGCCCAAUACUUAACUGUAUUUUACCAUUGUGUCUUCCUUUAGACAUCUGAGGAGAAGGAUUAAAGUGAUUUGGAAUAAAACCAUUGUGGAACACAUUUCAUUUGUAUGGUAUGGAUAAGACAUCUAGGAGCAAUCAGGUCGAGGCAAUGGUAUGCUUCAUAUUCCAUAAAUGAGACUUUUUGAUAGGUUGUCAUGUUAUGCAUGUCAUUCAGUAAAGCUAUGUGUGCUGUACUUUGUAACGUAGGAAGCUUGUAACAUGUCUCUUUGACAUGUGAAAGUCGUAAAUCAAGUGUUGUAAUGCAAAUAGAACACCUUUGUCAUUGUAAAAAGCAGUCAAAACGUUUUUUAUACAAGUGUCCCACUUUUUGUCUGCAGUGGUUAAGAUUUCUUUUCUAAAUUAAAGCAAGGGAGUCGUUAUUUUUAUUUUUCCUUGAUCUGACAUGAGUGCUCAACGUGGAAAGAUAUAGGGCUAAAAUUUUUGACAUUUUAUUCUAACAGUCUGCCUCUGAUUUUCUUCCUGGUAUUUCAAGGUUUUGAUUGGAGGAGUGGCUCAGUGGAUCCCAAUCCUUGGAGCUGGAUGAGUGGAUCGAUUAGGGAAGGGAUAGGCAAGGAUGGAUGCUGGGAACGGGAGCAGUUUUCCAAGAUUCAAAAUGAUUUGGUUACACUACUAAGUAACAGGAGUCCCAGUUCAGCUUUUUCCCCCCUUCUCCGUUUAAGGCCUCCCUGCCUAUCUUUUAAGUUUUUCAGUGAUAAUGGCUUUAUUGCACAAGAAAUCAGAGGACCAGGAAGUUGGAUCAAAGGAUGGAGUCGUAGAUGCCUGGUAUGAGGGAAUUUUUAAAGAUGGGAAGUUGGGAGGGGGUAUGUUGGGGAGUAGCUUGUUUUUGUCUCAUUAUUAUGAUUUUUUUUCUUUUAGCAUUUUUAAUAAAAUACUUUGAAACAAA